UGAUGAUGGUGUAGUAGUGGUGAUGAAAUGAUUGCUCUUCACCGUGCUUGUCUGUCUUAUGAGGUCUCGCCCAAAAAUUCCUGAAGUCCAUCUUCCUGAGGACCCAUUCUUGCUGAUUGUUGCUGGUUCGAGAAUUGAGAUUAACAGGGCUCUAGCUUGCUUGCGCGAGAUUGCUUCAGGACAUGAUUUGAAGAAGUUCCUUGCUGUGAUUUCUGGAUUGUGGGUUCUAUCCAUUGUGGGAGCUUGGUGCAAUUUCUUGACCUUGUUAUACAUAGUGUUCGUGUUGCUACACACUGUUCCUGUGCUCUAUGAGGAAUAUGAGGACCAAGUUGAUACCUUUGUUGAGAAGGCUAUGCACGAGUAUAAGAAACAAUAUGUGGUGUUUGACGAAAAUGUUGUAAGCAAUAUCCCAAGAGGUCCAUUGAAAAACAAGAAGCUCUAA